GGUCGACCAUAUUGUGACUUCGUGAUAUAGACGACAAAAAUUAUCAGGAUACUGUUUGUUUUUUCUCGACCUUCCCCGCUUUUAACGAGAUCAAAUCCUUUUAUCACUGAUUUAUGAUGGGUGGAUAGUCGAAUUUUAUCCCAAACAUGAGCGAAGCGGCCAAAGAGCGUGUUAUAGCGCUCGGAACUCAGUUCAACACGAUGGAACAUUCUGCUUCAGAAGAUCCAACUCUUGUGACUUUUGAAACGGGUAGUCCGAAAAAAUCCUUUUGGAAAAGAAACACGAGUAAAUUACCAGGAAGUAUAAAACCCGCACAUGGGACUCAAGACUUGUUGUCUUCGAGCGUUUUGCCAAGUGCCAACCAGACUUCCAGCUCUCCAUCACCUCCCCCUGUCAAUCUACAGUCUCCCAAGCCCCCCUCCCCCAUUAGAGCUGUUAAACUGGAAUUUCAAGAUCAAGAAAUACACAAGCUGGAAAAAUUUGGAAAGUUGUUGGCAGGUCCUAACACUGACUUGGAUGCAAUAAGGAAACUAAGUUGGUCAGGGAUCCCAGUCACAGUCCGCCCAACAACAUGGCAGUUGCUCUGUGGAUACUUGCCUGCAAAUAUUGACAGAAGACAAGCAACGUUGGAUCGAAAGCGAGAAGAGUACCAUAAUUUUGUCAAGCAGUAUUAUCCAACGAGAUACGAGGAUACAUAUCAUGACACAUUUAGACAGAUACACAUUGAUAUUCCAAGAACAAAUCCUCUGAUUCCUCUUUUUCAACAACCCUUGGUGCAAGAGAUUUUUGAGAGGAUUUUGUACAUCUGGGCCAUCCGCCAUCCAGCCAGUGGUUAUGUUCAGGGAAUUAAUGAUCUGGUGACACCUUUCUUUGUGGUGUUUUUAUCUGCAUAUGUUGAUGGUGACCUGGAGAACCACGAUGUUAGCGGUCUUUCACAGGACACUUUGGACACAAUAGAAGCAGAUAGCUUUUGGUGCAUGAGCAAGUUGCUCGAUGGAAUACAGGACAAUUACACAUUUGCACAGCCUGGAAUACAAAUGAAGGUCAACGCGCUUAAGGAACUCAUUCAAAGAAUCGAUGAACCUUUGAAUCAUCACUUGGAGAGAAAUAAUGUGGAAUAUUUACAGUUUGCCUUCCGUUGGAUGAAUAAUCUUCUAAUGCGUGAGAUGCCUUUAAGAUGUACAAUACGACUUUGGGAUACUUACCUGGCUGUAGAAAAUGGAUUUGCCUCAUUUCAUCUGUACGUCUGCGCAGCAUUCUUGAAACAGUUUUCAAAAGAUAUUGUUGAUGAAACUGACUUUCAGGGUUUAAUGCUUUUACUACAGAAUCUACCAACAACGAACUGGGACGAUCAACAAAUAAGCCUCCUUUUGGCGGAAGCUUACAGAUUAGAGUACAUGUUUGCGGACGCCCCAAAACAUCUACAGCACCUCUCGUGAGACGAAUGAAUCAAUACAAUAGUUUGGCCGUGUAAAUACAGGGUACAUACUUAGGUAGAACGCAGGAUGCAUUCACAAAAUGGCGGUUAAGUGAUAAGAACCGCCCAGCAGUCUCCAAGACUUCGUUACACUAAAAGGUUUUAAAACCGCCAUCUAGGUUUUUUGCAAGAAUGACAUUGAGACACUGUAAAGUUUAACUGGAUAUAGAAGUGACUUGCUCGAAAUUUUGUUCUCUGAAAGCCUCGAGAAACCAAAUCAGUGAUCUCGAUGGUUUCUUUAAUUUUUCCUUAUCGUCCAUAGCUCUUAAUCUAAAGACUUAGUGACUUUCAGAGCAGCCCGGUGGUAUUUUUACUAUUCUCUCAAAUUCCCGUGCAUUAGCUCGCCUUGCCACGAUUGUAGAAUGCGAAAGGCGUGUUCUUUUAAAUUAGAAAGUAGGGCCAAUUUACAUAGAGAUGAAAAAAUGGUAUAUUUCCUUCUUUGUAACUUUGCUGGUAGGUAUGAUGUCCUGCAAAAUUUCCUUCUCGCCGCAGUAAUCCGUCUUUUGAUAAUUACCAUAUGGCUUAAAAAAAUUAUGUUUUCAACUCGAUGAAUUUCCUAUAGUUGCAGUCCCACGCAUACCCAUAACUGCCGUCAUGAGGCUAUAAUUAUAUUUUUGUACAGUCUGAGUAAGCGCGUUGUACACGAUUUUCGUGCCUGCCUGACCGAUCGGUAUAAAUCGUUGAUCGAGCAUCACUCGUGAAAUUGAUAAUAAUCGAUAGUUUAGUAAGAUCCAGUUGAUGAAAAGUCGGAGGCACAAUUUCCAUGGUCAAUUCGAUUGCCAUCGUUUGUCUUCGGUUACCAUCAACUGCUACCGAUUGCCAUCAAUUAUCUCCGACUGCCAUCGUUUGUCGUCGGAGAUCUUUGAUCACCAUCGUUUGUCUUCGGUGGCCGUCGGCUAUUUUCGAUUGUCGUGGAACCUCUCCGAUCGAUAUCCGUUGUCUUCGGUUAUCUUCGUUUGCAUUCUAUUGUCUUGGACUAUCUUUAAUUCUUAUUGCUUACUUUCGAUUGACCUUGAUUAAUUAACAACUUUUUGGAUCCGACGUUUGAUUUAAGCUGUGUAUCCUGUGCCUCCAAGUGUGAUGACCUUUCUCGUCCUUCAGGUACAUUUCCGACGCCGUCUUAAACCGUUGCAUAUUCGAAGCAGGUUUCCAAGAGAGAGAGGGAAAUCCCUCAGGGUGGCAUAGGUGUAUUAGCUAAGUUUCGAAGAGAAAACAGAUAGAACACUGAGUUUCAUGGCUAAGCGACGUAUUUGGUGAUUGCCCUCUGAACGAGCCGAGUUUGUACGAAGAUCAUCACCCCAUUAGGUUUUUUCGGAAUAUGCUUUCAAGUGAAUUUUCAUUUGAAUCUCUCAACAAUAGCUAUAAAAUGUACAGAAAAUCACUUAUCCGUCUUUGCAUGCCCGACAUCUGUCAACUUGUCUCUUACCUCACCUGGUAAGGAUAUUAUCAACAUUCGACGAUAAAAUUCGCAUCCAAUUGCAGCCCUUUAAAAUCCUCUUUAUAUUCGAUUAAAUCGAAGUAAAUAGAUAAUCUUUAAAAUCUAGAAAUGUUCUUUCACAUUUGUUCAUCAAUUUCGUUGAUCAAUUUUGUUGAUUAGCCUCGACCAAUAUCGAUUUUGAUCGAUUAUGGAUUUAAUCGGCCGGUCAGGCUCGGUUUUCCCGGUGGUUACUGGUAUCGUUUGUUAACUUUCCUCACAUUUUAUUUUAGGCAAGCUGGUAUCCCUUGUGGCUAAGAACAAGUUGAAUAUUUUUAUUUAAAUGGCUUUAACCAUAAAAGGUACUUAGAUUGGAAAUUGUUUAAGAUUGACAAAAGGAAAUUUUGUCGAUGUUCGGCAACAAUAAAAUAUGUUACAGUUUGGAAACAGUA